AUGGCUACCACAGUAGCCGGCGGCCUGCACAAAAUCGAAGAAACCGUCCUGGGCACCAAAUCCAAGGACAAGAAGCUGGUCGAUCUCGAGCGCGACACCGUCGACGUGCAGACACAGAGCAAAUUCACCACCGACCAUGGAGUGUCCGUCAGCAACACGGAUAAUUGGCUUAGGGUGUUGGACGACCAGCACACUGGGCCGUCGAUGUUGGAGGAUCAGAUUGCGCGGGAGAAGGUGGCUGCGCAGAUCCAUCGCUUCGACCACGAACGUAUCCCCGAAAGAGUCGUCCAUGCGCGCGGAACAGGAGCGUUUGGAAACUUCCGGCUGAAGGAGAGCGCUGAAGACGUCACUUUUGCCGGCGUGCUCACAGACACCUCGCGGAACACGCCUGUAUUCGUGCGAUUCUCCACUGUCCAAGGGAGCAGAGGCAGUGCAGACACGGUCCGCGACGUCCGUGGAUUCGCUGUCAAGUUCUACACCGAUGAAGGGAACUGGGAUAUUGUCGGGAAUAAUAUCCCCGUCUUCUUUGUCCAGGAUGCGAUCAAAUUUCCUGAUUUCGAUCCAGUCCACGCCGUAAAGCCAGAACCACACAAUGAAGUCCCCCAGGCCCAAACAGCCCAUAACAACUUCUGGGACUUUACCUUCCUGCACUCCGAAGUCACCCACAUGUUCAUGUGGGUGAUGUCGGACCGCGCGAUCCCACGAUCCUUCCGCAUGAUGCAGGGCUUCGGCGUCAACACGUUCGCCCUCAUCAACAAGGAAGGCAAACGGCACUUCUGCAAGUUCCACUGGAUCCCCCACCUGGGCGUCAACUCGCUCGUCUGGGACGAGGCGAUGAAACUGGCGGGCCAGGACCCGGAUUUCCACCGCAAGGACCUCAUGGAGGCCAUCGACAACAAGAUCUACCCGAAAUGGGACCUCGCGAUCCAGGUCAUCCCCGAGGAGCGCCAGGACGACUUCGAGUUCGACAUCCUCGACGCCACCAAGAUCUGGCCCGAGGACCAGGUCCCGCUGCGCGUCAUCGGCGAACUGGAGCUCAACCGCAACGUCGACGAGUUCUUCCCCCAGACCGAGCAGGUCGCCUUCUGCACCAGCCACAUCGUGCCCGGCAUCGACUUCACCGACGACCCGCUCCUCCAGGGCCGCAACUUCUCCUACUUCGACACCCAGAUCUCGCGGCUGGGAAUCAACUGGGAAGAGCUGCCGAUCAACCGCCCGGUCUGCCCCGUCAUGAACCACAACCGCGACGGCAAGAUGCGGCACAAGAUCACCAAGGGAACGGUGAACUACUGGCCCAACCGCUUCAACGCCUGUCCUCCCGUAAAAGUCGAGGAGGGCUCGUUCAAGAGCUACCCGCAGCGGAGCGCAGGGUACAAGGACCGGACCGUGAACCCCAAGAUGCGCGAACAUCACAGCCAGGCGCAGCUGUUCUACAACUCGCUUUCCGACCACGAGAAGGCGCACGUCGCCAAGGCCCUCAGCUUCGAGCUCGACCACUGCGACGACCCCGUCGUGUACAACCGCAUGGUGCUGCGCGUGGCUGAGAUCGAUCUCCCCCUCGCGCAAAAGGUGGCCACCAUGGUCGGCGCCCCGACGCCCACGGUGGCAGGCAAACAGAAUCACGGCCGCAGAGUCUCCGGCCUCUCCCAGGUCGAGUUCGCGCCCAAGAUCCCGACCAUCGCGUCGCGGCGCAUCGCCAUCAUCAUCGGCGACGGCUACGACCCCAUUGCCUUUGCGGGCAUCCGCCGCGCGGCGGCCGCCGCAGGGGCACUGCCCAUCGUCAUCGGCACCAGACGCCAGCCCAUCUACGCCCAGGGUGAGGACCGGUCGGCCGGCAAGGGCGUGAUACCAGACCACCAGUACGACGGGGUGCGCUCGACGCUGUUCGACGCGACCUUCAUCCCGGGCGGGCCGCACGUCACGACGCUGGCGACGCAGAACGGGCAGAUCCGGCACUGGAUCGCGGAGACGUUCGGACACCUGAAGACGCUGGGGGCGACGGGCGAGGCGGUCGCGCUGGUCAAGCAAGUGCUUUCCGAGGCGCACUCGAUGACGUUCGCAACCGAAGGGGGCGGCGUCGUCGAGUCGUACGGCGUGGUGACAUGCGUCGAGAAGCAGAAGCCCGAGAGCUUCAGGGAAGGAUUCCAGAUCGUCAAAGACGCCGUCGACUUUGCGGGCAAGUUCUUCUACCAGAUCUCGCAGCACCGGAACUACAGGCGGGAAUUGGAAGGCCUGGCGGCUACAGUUCAUUCCAUUCAGCCUUGGUUUAGAUCACAUCGUAUCAUACCUGAUAAUGAGGAUAACUAUAUGAGAAGGAGGGAAGGACUAGGAAAUUUGAUAAUAUACCGUAUUGUGUUUGCUACUGAAUCUUCCAUUGAGUUGAAAUUUCCUAAGUGA